AUGAAGCAAGCUCCUCACAUAAUAGAAAACUCAACUGUGAAAGCCGCUAGCAUGGAGAUGAGUCGUGAGUGUUCUGUAUAUCUGAGCAGAACACCGAUUUCCACCUCUGUACAAGAGGGGGUCAUACAGAAGCUAAAUGGUCAUGAUGCACUGCCGUUUCUACCAACUGAUAAACUGAAAGACCUGACUUCACGGGUAUACAAUGGAGAGUCCGGUGCUCAUGAGGCGGAUGUGCCUGUUGACUCCCAGGAAACUCAAGGUGUUGAGACUCCUCCCAAUACAACUCCUACCAAGAACGGCUCGCCAGAAAUAAAGCUGAAAAUUACCAAGACCUACAUGAAUGGGAAACCUCUCUUUGAGUCUUCCAUUUGUGGUGAGCAAGGAGAAGAAACGGCUAAACCAGAAGAAAAUGAAAGCAAAAACAAGAAAGAAAGGAAGCGGAAAAGUAUAAAGUUUGAUUCGUCUGAGGAAAAGUCCAGUGAUGGAACGCAAGCAGAUGCUCCUGCUGAAUCAUCUGAAGAGAAGUCUGUUUCAGAUCUAGACACAUCCGUUGAGCAGAAAGAGCAGAAUGAAAUUCCGUGUAAAUUCUCAGUUGGAGAUCUUGUGUGGUCUAAAGUGUCCGGAUAUCCAUGGUGGCCAUGUAUUGUGACAUCUGAUCCUGUUCUUCACAGCCACACCAAGAUCAAGGGACAGAAAAAGAGCUUUCGCCAGUAUCACGUGCAGUUUUUUGGAAAUGCACCAGAAAGAGCAUGGAUUUUCGAAAAGAGUAUUGUGCCUUACACCGGAGAACAAGAGUAUGAACAGCUCUGCCAGGAGAGCGCUAAACAGGCUACAAGCAAAGCUGAAAAAGUCAAGCUUUUGAAACCGAUAACUGGCAAAUUGAAAACCCAGUGGGACAUAGGUAUGGAACAAGUGAAAGAAGCCUUGCAGAUGACUGUGGAGGGGAGGAAAGAUAAGUUUACUUUCAUUUAUAUUAAAGACCGUCCCCAUCUAAAUCCUAAAGUGGUUGGGAAGGCUGCUGUUCCUGCAGAGUCUUGUAACGAUGAUGAUUCCGAUGAACCUCCUGAAAGUCCUAAGAAAGAUGGAGUGCCUAGCAAAAGGAGAAGAGUCUCAAGGAAUUCCUCUGCCAGCUGUCAAGAGACUGAUCCUGAUUGGAAAACCACUACUGAAAGCCCAGAUGCUAAAGGAGCCAUGUCCUUGCCUAUCCAGAAAAGGAAGUCAGGAGCACAUAAUGCAAGAGGCAGAAAGGGAGAUGCUGCUACUCAGUUCCUGGUUUUCUGCCAGAAGCACAAAGAUGAGGUGAUCAGUGAACACCCAGAUGCUUCCAGUGAAGAGAUUGAAGAACUGCUGGAGUCACAGUGGAACAUGCUCAGUGAUAAACAAAAAGCUCGCUAUAAUACAAAGUUUGCCAUUCUCACCUCUCCUAAAUCUGAAGAAGACUCUGGUUCAACUCCGAAGGACGAAGGGGAAAACAAGAGGAACAUAUUUCAAGAGUCGCCAAAGAGGAGAUCAAGAUCAAGAAGUAAUUGA